AUGGGUGCUUAUGAUGACCCUUUGGCGGACUGUCCUUCCGACCUCAGCAGUCCCUCUAGUCCUACGCAGACUGCUUCAAUGAGCGAUAGUGAAGAACCAUCAUCGAAGGAGAUCAACCGCCGUCUGGCCCAAGCUCUGGACUACCUGGAUGACCAAGGAAGUGAUGACUCUCCCAGGAUAUAUAUGGAGCGUGUAGCCAGAAUCAACGACUAUCUCGUACAGCAACUGCCUCAGCAAGAGGUCAACUUUGACAAUGCACUCUAUCAACACUUGCGAGAUACGGUUAGACAAGAGCAGGAAGCCUAUAAUGCGGUCAGACAAAGCGCACGAACCGUACCAAACAACAAAGAGUCUUUGGUUGGAAGCGGAUCUGAUGUGUCACCGGGAAAACACUCAGGUUACCAUUCAGCAUCCGUGGCACACGCGCUACACAGAGAAGAUGAGCAAAUUUAUGAUCCUGCGGCUGGAUCCCUGAGAAAAGGCCACAAAACACAGGAAAUGGUACAAACCAGGCGGACAUUCAAGUACGGAGGACUGUCCAGUGAUGCUGAGGUUUGGCACAGAAAUUUCCCAGCGAUCCUGCCCUUCCCGGAAACACAUCAACUGGCGCACUGGGAAAGUCUCAAAAUUGCCUUUGACCUUGAUGAAUCUGUGAAAAAGCAGAAAGCAGAGGGUGAUGUUGUCGAGACCAACGUAUCCUUCGACCAUCCAGCCCUUGACCAAUACAAGAACCUUGAAUUGUACGAAUCUGGCUCCCGAUUCAAACUCCCGACACCACCAAAGGAGAUUGAAGAAGAGAUAAGGCGGUUGUGCACGGUCGAUCAAAUCGCAAAAGCUGUGGACGAAUUCAACACGGGCGAGGAUGAGGAUGAGUCUGGAAAGAAAUACGCUCCGCGGAUCUUCCUGGAUAAAUUGAGCGUUCACCAGAAAGAUGGUCCAACAGAUAUUCGACGUGCUAUAAACACUUCACCCACCAAGCCACGUCAACGGGCAGUGCGAAGUGUUUUGAGCAGCGUUGCUGAAAGCACACUAACUAUGGUUCAGACUCCUGCCAAGCUGUCCCCCGGAAAGCCACAAGCGUCUCUGCCGCAAACACGAGAAAAUAGAGUGGUUAUUGCAAAUGACUUAGCUCGCAUGGCAAGGGAAGAGGCCCAGUCUGCAGAAAAGAUUGCACACGCUGCGAGAGAAAAGGCACGCAAAGCGACACUGGAUGCUCUCAGGAUAGCAGAUCAAGCUAACGGAAAAGUGUCACCGGAUAACUGUGUGUCAUCUCCUAUUUCUAGAAUGAUCAAUCGAGAGCGUGAGAUGUCGCUCGAGAAGAGUCCAAGGCGUCAGAGUGGAGUCAGCACCGCGCCACCCAGUGCAGAAACAACUCCAACGGACGUCGUUCCUAUCGAGGAGCCCGACGAUGCGCCUGGGUCUGAGCCACUGGUAGUAGAUAUGUCGCAGUUGGUACACACACUCGCCAAUGUUACCACCCCCAAGCCCAGCAGCGGCAGGACUGUUAGGCGCAAACGUAGCAUCGGGGAUGAAGCCUAUACUCCGGAGAGCAAGCGCAGCAAGGUUGGGACGCCUUCAUCGUUGGGAAAGGGCGCCAGUGGCAAGCAGCAAACUUCGGGAAAGUCGACAGGCUCGUACCAAACCACUGCAGCUACCAGGAAAUCUCCGGUUGCCAAAAAGCCUGCAGCAAAGUCCAGGACAAAGCCCAGAGGCAAGCCUGCAAACACUGCCGCGGCAGUCAAGCAAGAGGGUAGUAAAGCUACUGCGCCAGGUAAAGCGGUACAACGCAUACGGGCGAAAAAGGUAGUGAGGGAGCAUGUUUGUGUUGAUGAGCACAUGGAGGAGCUCGAGGAGACUGCUGUGGAAAUCGCAAAAGUGAGAGGUACAAGGGGUGGAGCGAGACAUGCCAAAUGA